AGUGCUCUAUGAUAUUUUAUUAUAUUAUUAUAUUGUUAUGUAAACAAUCAACAUCUGCCAAUUAUGAUUUUUUAGUAAAUAGAAACUGAAUAAUAAAUUGCAUAAUAAGUUUUCAUUAAGCUGUGCCAGGCAAGUUGGGAAACAAUUUUUUAACUUUUUAAUUUACAAUUAGUGUGUGCCAGCUGUGUGUUAAUUGUUUAAUUAAAUCUUGCUGCAGUGGAGCGUUUACGUAUACCAAGAAUAUUUGAACUUAAACUUUGAAAAGAACUCAAAGAAAACGAGGAAAUGGGGAAAGAAAGCGAAGAAGUUGAAAGUAUUGAUGUACCAGAAGCAGAAGAAGGUGAUAAAUGGUUAACAACAUCCGAAUUUAUUUUUGUGAAUCUCUCAAGACAUUAUUCAAUCGAGAAUUAUUCGCUUUAUAAAUAUGAAAACCCUUCUGAAGCUCUUAACAUUUUUCAAGUAUUGAUCGCAUAUCUUAUUGUGGGUAUACCAAUCGGAUACAUGGAAAUUGUCCUUGGACAAUACACCAAUAUGGGAGUAUUUCACAUCAAACACCUGAUGCCAAUCGCUCAAGGUAUGAGCUAUACUUUCAUCCUGCAGGUUCUUGCGACCACUACACUCAGCACCAUUCUGAUGACGCAAUAUCUAAACUAUGCGAUGAUCAUUGGUGCACGUAGUCUGCAUGGACAAGGAUUACCUUGGUUGGAAUGUCCUAAGAACUACAGUGACAUUUGCUACAACCCCCAAAGCCCUUGCGAAGGAGAUGAGCCUUGUAUAAAUGAAACAAGGCAUUUGUCAACGUAUGUAUUUUGGGAUAAGAUUUACAUGAAAGGCAUUUGUGCACCAGAGGAUGCUGAUCUCGGCUUGUUGCCGAUCCAUCGCGCUUUUCCCUUGAUGAUGACGUGGACUAUUGUCUGGUGGACGAUGACAUUAAACUUUACACGCACCAAAAAACUCAUUAAAAACGCAUUCUUGAUCGUGAUUGGGUACAGAUUGGUACAAUUCGCAGUACUUGUAUUUUGGCUCAAAUAUAUUCUCUAUCUACCAAGGAUGAUUGAACUUCACAUGGGAUCUCUUGUCAAUCUUGAGGCAUGGAAACAAGCAAUUUUAAAGGUCACCGUCGGAAUGGGUUUGGGAGAUUUCUCUUAUAUCAUGUUUGGAAUCCUAUCGAAAAGAACAAGGAAGACUGGCGGUUUGAUGUGGUUUUGUGGUUUCGCCAGUUUCUUUCUAACCGUAAUGGAUCACAUUGUGAUCAGCGGCGGCACGUAUUGGCUGUGUGAAGUGGCAAAACUUCCGGUGGAAAAACGAUAUUUACUCUUUCGUCCUGAGAAUAUACAACACGAGCUCGGUGUAAUGCCUGUGUUAUAUACUCAAACACUGGCAACAAACUGUUUUAAUUAUUUGUACUUUCUGCACCGCUUUAUGGUGCUUUUGUUUCAUGCCAUGUUGAAUUAUUCCUUCUUGCAAUUAUCUAUGUAUCAAAAAUAUCCUGGUCUGGAAAUUUAUGGUGUGUACAUUAAACCGUUGUUUUGCUUUUUUGGAUUUGGCGUAAGUCUUUUACUUGACAGUAAAGAAGCGUAUGCAUUCCGAUUUGACAUCCAACGUGUUAUACUUGAAUUCUGUGAUCAGUUCAACAUCAUCAUCAUCACUGUAAUCGUAUUUUACAUCUACGGCGUAUCGAAGUUUUGUGAUGAUGUGCAUUUCAUGACUGGUCAGGAACCAGCCAAGUUUUGGUCGUUCGUUUGGGUGAUAUCACCACUCGUUGUUAUUAUUUGUCUACCAGUGUAUCUUUUUGACUCUACGUAUAUAUUCUACACGUAUCGCCUGAUUACCCUUGGGGUUUUUUACAGCCCCUACAUGAUCUUUCUAACAAUUACGGUCGUUCAGAAAAUUUAUCAAAAGCGAUUGUUAACUUUAUUACGCUCCACCGAUGAAUGGGGCCCACUUGAUCCUCAACUGAAGCUUUACAGAAAAUGUUUUAAUCCGCGCACUGAUUCAAAGCGCAAGAACAUGUCGUACAAGUGCGUACAUAGGUGUCUAAUUGACGAAGUGCAUCCGUCCUCGGAAGAAGAGGACGAAGGGACGUUUAUUUAAGCUUUGAUUGGCAAGAUUACACAAAGCAGUAAAUGAACUUGGAGCUUUAUUCACGCUUUACACACAAUUUCUUUUAUUUUGUAUUAAAUUUAUAUUUAACAAAUAAAAUGUUACAAGGUA